CGCCAUCUCUAAAUUAAACGUCAUGGGAACUAGGUCGAAGGAAUAGUUCAUGUCUAACUUAUUGGACUAUUUUAUUACUAUAACGAGCCCUUUUCCAUGAAAUUAUUAUCUAAUUAGUGCGCCUAAAAAUCGUACUGACGAUGACAUUUAUUUCUGAGACAUAGUUGGGUUUGAUAAAACUUAGGUGGAGAAUCAAUCGAAGAUAAAAAAAAUAUUUAUGGCCGAAAACCAAGUGUCAUAAUGGCGGAUAAACAUAGCCUGAACUAUGAUGUGAGAGAGUUGAAGUUGGGAGCGAGUUUUACUAACAAUAAGGCAUCCCAAUAUCAUACAAUCAAAUAUGACUUCAAACCGGCGUCAGUGGACGUUAACAAAAUGGCGACCGUGGAUGUUGGAACAAAUAAUCAAGUCACAGUUACUGUACCACAUUUGGAUGGCGCGGGCGUACCUCAGACAAUUUUCAAAGGCAACCAGAGGCCUUACACCAAGGACUGCGUGCUCAUUAUAGAUAGAGUUACCGGCGAGAUUACUCUGGAGAAGCUCUCUAGUAAUAUACAAGUCAAAAAGACUAGGCAAGAAACGACUCAGAAGCCGCGCCCCCUGACGCCCGUAACGACAGAGUUGUUCACGAACACGACGCAGCGCUCCACGUCGCGUACGCGCGUCGCAACCAAUAGACGUAGUAACACUAAUGCAGUACCUGGAACAGCCCAGCCGAACAACGCGGCUCGGUUUAACGGCGCGGGCAACAUGGCCAAGCCGCCCACACUGGUCCGCUCGCCGCCGCGGCAGAAGACCUCACCUCCACAGGCAGCGCCUUGGUCAGGCGGUGGCAAUAGUACGCUGGCGUCGCUACCGAUGAUAGGCCUGGACGACGCGCUGUCGGGCCCGGGUGGUCCCCCCGCGGCCGCGCCCCCCGCGCCCCCUGCGCCCCCGCCGCAGUACGCGCGCGGCUACGAGCGGGCGGCGCCCGCCCCCGCGCCCGCGCCCGCGCCCCCGCCCGACCGCCCGCACCACAACACUACCGCCGCAUACCAACCUCCGCCCACACACCACCAGCCUCAGCAACAAGAAGACAGUUCUUCAAGUUCAUCGAGUGAGAGUGGCAGUGACUCUGACAGUGGAAGUGAUAGUGAUGACAACGAUUCCAGCGCUCACCACCCUAUACCCAACGGUAACGCGCCCCCCAACCCUGCGUUACCGGCGGACGUGCUGAACGAUGAUCUCUGCCUGUCCGAAUCCGGCAGCGACUCCGACUGACCUCACGACAAACGUUUAUUUCAUAGGGUUUGGGUGUUUUUAAUUUUAAACGUUACUCUACUCACCCUCGAACAGAUUUCUUCUCAAACUGGCAAGCAUACAAUACUAAAACAUGGAGCAAUAAGUAAACUGAGUCUUAUUACUUUAUAAUUGAGGUUCUAUUUUGUGUGACUGCAUGUUUUGUGGUGGAAUACAGUCUACUUUGAGAGUAGACAGCAAUAAAUUGUUUGCAUGGAGUACAGGAAGCGGUUGGUAUCAACAUUAUCUUGAAUUUGCUUCCUUUGUUACUGUGAACUGUAUAAAAAUGAUAUUAUUUUAACUUUGAAGGACAUAUGAGCAGAUGUUCUGUAAUACUCGGCAUGAAACAUGGCAAGACUAUGUUGUGGUAGGGUUAAGUUCGUGCAUUGUGUAUUUCUCAUUACUUCUCACUUUAACUUUUAACUCAAUCUUUUUCUUAUGUUCACUUUCUUCCAAGUAGAUAUGUUUUAAACUAAAUUACGGCUACUUAGCUAUUAGCUAUAAAAUAACACAGUGCGCAAACUUCCAUCGACCACGACAAACUGUUGCCAUGUUCCGUGCCGGGCACUAUCAGUCUGCAUAAUGAUUGCUUACUCCAAUGUUACAUGAUGACUUGCCAUGGUUUGAAAUAUUUUUGUAUAAGAGAUGGUACAUUAAAGUAUAAUAUUUUUUGUCAGAUUUAUUUUAUUCAUAAUCUUUAAGUAAAAUAAACUUAAUUAUUAUGUAUUGUUGACAUAAUUAAAGAUAAUCGUAACGUGCCUCAUAAUGAACAUAGAUAUUUUUUAUUUUAUGCCAAUAUUUGUAAAAUCUAGGUUAAGUAAGUACGUAAUGAUUGGUAAUGAUGUUUUAUCGCGAUGUUCAUUUAUUUAAAUUUAGUUAAUGUCUAAAAAUUGCAAUAAUCUUUUGUACAGGAAGAUUGGAAGAAAAAUAUUGUAAUAUAAAGAUGAACAUGAUAGUUUGUCGAGAUAUAUAAAUAAUAUGUACAUAGAGAUGAGAGAACUUAAUUAUAUUAUAUAGGGUUGUUGUGGUUAUUAACUCACAGAACCUGAAAUUGUGUGCCUUCAGCAAACUACAUUGCUAAUUUAUUUUGGAUCAUUACGUCGUCUGAUAUUGACAGACGUUACCUACCCAAUUAUGUCCACAUGCUCUUUUUACUUAUGAGAAUAUAAACAAAACUGAAAAGAAACAA